CUCACCGCGUCUCCUUCUUAGGCCACGGUUUCCUCUUGGGAAAUAAACCUCCGCAUCCGUGUCCACGCGGUUUGAGAGGGCAGCACCAAGAAGAGCAGAAAAUGAACAAAUCUCAGCUGUUACAGGUGUCUUUCAAGGAUGUAUGUGUGGACUUCACCCAGGAAGAGUGGUAUCUUUUGGACCCGGCUCAGAAGAUACUCUACAGAGAUGUGAUCCUGGAAAAUUACAGCAACAUUGUCUCAAUUGGAUUUUGUGUUACUAAGCCAGAGGUGAUCUUCAAGAUAGAGCAAGGAGAAGAGCCCUGGAUAUUAGAGGAGAGAUUAUCAAGCCCGUCUCACUCAGGGAACUGGAGAAUUGAUGAUCUGAUAGUGAGAAGUCAAGAAAACCAGGAUGAACAUUUUUGGCAAUUUUUAUUCAGCACCAACAAAACAUUAAGUAAAGAAAGUGGAAAUACAGCAUUGGAAACUUUCAACUUGAGUAUAAACCCUGUUCCUUCAAGAAAUAAUACCUAUAGAAUAUGUGAGUCAUGUGAAAUGAAUUUCGAAAACAUUUCAGGCUUAAUUAUUAAUGAAAAGAACUCUUCAGAAAAGAAGCUUGAUGAGUUUAAUGUAUGUGAGAAAUUGCUCCAGGGUAGACAUGAGGAAAUUUUUACUGGAGUAAAAUUUUAUAAUCAAGAGAGGAAUACCCUCAAUCAAAGAAUAGCUCUCACUCAGCCAAUUUUUGGUUUUUUGGAGUUUAAUGAAAAUGAAAAAGAUUUCCAUGAGCAGGCAGCCUUUACAUAUAAGGGGGCUCAGAUAGAGGAGACAGUAUCUAAAUAUAAUGAAUGUGAAGGACGAGCCUUCUUCCAAAAUUCAAAUACAUCUCAAAGAACUCAUUUGGAUAUGGAUCCAUAUGAGUGCAGUAUUUGUGGGAAGCCUUUGUAUAUGGAGUUAAGAUUUAGACAUCAGAGAGGUCUUAUAGAGGUAAGUCCUUAUGAAUAUAAUGAAUACAGAAAAAUCUUGGGUGACAAUUCAACUUUCAUUAUUCAUCAGGGAGCUUACAUGAGAAAGAUUGACCAUGAGUAUAAAGUAAGUGACAAAACUUGGAAAAAGUCAACCCUCUUUAAACAUCCAGUAGUCCAAAUGGAAGAAAAAUCCUAUGAAUACAAUGAAAAUGGGAAUAAUUUCAGCAAGAAAUCACACCUCGCCCAAAUUCGGAGAACAGCUCAUUCAGGAGAAAAAGCCUUUGAAUGUGGAGAAUGUGGAAAAACAUUCUGGGAGAAGUCUAAUCUUACUCAGCACCAGAGAACACAUACAGGAGAGAAACCCUAUGAAUGUACCGAAUGUGGGAAGUCAUUUUGCCAGAAACCACACCUUACCAAUCAUCAGCGAACACAUACAGGAGAAAAGCCCUAUGAAUGUAAGCAAUGUGGGAAAACCUUCUGUGUGAAGUCAAACCUCACUGAACAUCAAAGAACACACACAGGGGAGAAACCCUACGAAUGUAAUGCAUGUGGUAAAUCCUUCUGCCACAGGUCAGCUCUAAUUGUGCACCAGAGGACACAUACAGGUGAGAAACCUUUUAAGUGUAAUGAAUGUGGCAAAUCUUUCUGUGUGAAGUCAAAUCUCAUUGUACAUCAAAGAACUCACACAGGGGAAAAACCCUAUAAAUGUAAUGAGUGUGGGAAAACCUUCUGUGAAAAAUCAGCUCUCACUAAACAUCAAAGAACCCACACAGGAGAGAAACCCUAUGAAUGUAAUGAAUGUGGGAAAACUUUUAGCCAGAGGUCAGUACUUACUAAACAUCAGAGGAUUCACUCAAGGAUGAAAACCAUCUCAGCAUCCUGAAUAUCCACUUGGCUAAAAUUUGUUUUACACUUUGUAAAGUGUAAAGAAACCCAAAGAGUGCCACAGAUUAAUCAGAAAUGACAUAUUUCAGUAACUCAAUUGAUACUAAGUUAAAAACCAAAGCCUUCAAGGUAAAGUAAAAUGUAAUCUUUUUUUUUU